AUGGGCGCCGAUGCCGACAUUCAUGCGUUCAGAUGCCCCGUGGUAUCGGUCGGCAGAUUCCAGUGCCUUCAGCUGUACAAACGUGAAUCCGACGAUUUCAUCAACUAUGCCUGCAGUGCGAAUUGCGAGUGUGGGCGUUUUCAACUCAGAUCUCUCACAGAAGACCAGUUCAAAUGCCUCCUAUUCGUCUGCGGCCUCCAGUAUCUCAGGGAUGCCGAAAUCCGGGAUCGUAUUCUACCCCACAUGCAACAGAGCAGCUCAGUUACCCUCCGUGAACUGGCUGCCGAAUGUCAAACAAUGAUAAAUCUUAAGCAUGAUUUGGCCAUGGUCCAAUGUGCCUCUACUACUGGCUCAGUCAAUGCAGAUGCAGCAGCUAAGUUACCUCCGAUUUCGCGCCCAAGCAAGCCCCCAAGGCGAAAUCCCUGCCCUUUCCUUGUCAGCUCUGCGGCACGUAGCAUUCCCAUCGGGAUUGCAGGUCUAGGCAACAUCGCUGCCAGAAAUUCAACCAGUCAUCCGCCCAAAGAGCCCAGUUACCCAUGCAGCCUUGCCUAUUUCGAUGCUGAACUAAAGCGCCUGGAGGAAUUUGGAGUCCUGACACCCGUGCCCUAUUUGGCCUGUGCUGCCCCCAUUGUUGUGAAACCCGAGGAAGAUACAGUGAUUGCUGCUAUUUCGAUUGAGGACGGAGUGCGCUGUCGGCUUUCGGAAGCCAUACGACGCAUUCCUGUAACUGCCAUCGACAUCAUACGCGCUACCAAACAGAAUUCUGUGUUUCGACUAUCAAUUUAUUAUUUGCAAACCAGUUUGCCCACACCUGCUCUUACUGGCGAUCUUUACCAGCUCCUCAUGCGUUGA